GUGUUGUAUUUGAUUAUUUUUAUCACUGUGUUGUUGCAAUCAUAUUUGAGAUGGUAAUCAGAAUCACUUAGGUAAUAUUAAAAUAUGUAAAUUUUUGUAAACACGUGAAAUAACUGAAGAAAGUGAUAUGUUUGUGAAUAAGAAUAAUAAAAAUAUUUUUUAUAACAAUCUUCCGUAAAAAUAUGGAAGUAUGUGCAUUAAAAAGGUAUCAAUUCUGUGUGUAGUUUUUUGUUUUGUAAUUGUAAAAGGUGCAAAAAUUAAAGAAUUUGGCGUGGAUGUAGGACGUAACUUUACACUGCCAUGUCCAGUACAUAAUACUAAAGAUGUCAUGUGGAUUAAAGAAGAAAGAAACGACCAUCAGCAAACUCGAAUGAAAAUACUAGAAAAUGGCUCUUUAUUUAUACCUACAAUUGAGGGAAGUGAUGCAGGAAUCUACUCUUGUUUGAAAGCUAAUAGUGUGGAUGAUGAAAAAUCUCGAAUGAAAAUUGUUGUGAGAACACCUCCUCCAGCACUAGAGAAUGUUUCUGUACGACCAAGUUCUAUUAUUGCUUUAAUAUUGUGGGAGGUGAAUGGCACAGGUGGAUACCCAAUAAUAAAUUUUACUGCUCAAUAUCGGUUAGCCGGUUCAAACGGUGAAUGGUUACCUAUAUCCCCAAAUCAUAUCACACCAAAUUCUCGACAGAUUGAUGUUUAUAAAUUACAACCGAAUACUAGCUAUGAAUUUAGAAUUUGGGCUACCAAUAAACUGGGUAGGGGGGAAAUAACUGAAGUGAUUGGAACUACUUCACAUGAAUAUAAAGAAGAAGAAUUGGCUCGACGCAUGUUAGCUGGAGCAGACAAAUUCGACACGAGAGUAUGGGCCGUGGCCGUUGGGAUUGUUAUGGGAACUCUUAUUUUACUGGGAUUGGGAACAUGUUUCUUAUUAUACCAAGAAUGUCGCCUUCCUAGUGUUCCAGAAGAACAAGAGAUUAUAGAACUAGUUCCGAAUAUUAUAUUGAAUCCUGGAUUUGAGGGCAACAUACAAAGUGAACAAAUGCCCACAGACGAAAAUUCUAAUAAUGAAACGCCUUUGCGUUUGAACAAUAAUACAGUAGUGCAGCCUAGGAAUGUAUAGUUUUUUACUAGAUUUCGCUUUUACAAAUACAAUAGAAGAAAACAUUACGGGGACACAUGAUGAAUAGUUUAUAAUUCCAGUUUUCUCGAAUGCUUGUGUUCAAGGGUGUAUUGCCCAUAUGUGAUUUAAUGUUAGAAAUGUUAAGUUUUAAAA